AUGGCUUCCAGAAACUCGGUCAACAAGCCUAAGAACAAGCUCCACGCCAGUGCCCAUGCCAAGGUCUUGGGUAAGAGAAGAGCUGCCAGAAACAGAAAGAAUACUGCAUCCAGAUCCACUGUUGGUAGAUACAGCGAUGCCGAUUCCGCAGCUGCCAGACCAACCGACUCCAAGGCCAUUGCAUUAUACACCGGAGGCGGUCCUAAGGUGACCAGCGUGAUGACCAACACCACCUUGUCCAACAAGAGAGCCAAGAAGCUUGCCAGAAACCAGAAGUACAUCGACCAAAGAAACAACAAAGUGAAGGAAGUGGAGAUGGACGUGGAAGAGAAGAAAUCACAAUUGGAGAAGGUCAAGGCUGCGUUGUGGACUGUGGUGGAGAACAGUGCCAACCUUAUGAUGAGUCCAGCCGGCGAGGGAACCACUUUGGGUGUGCAAGCUUUUUAA